AUGGAAGUUUAAACUUAAGAGAUUUGUCCAUAAAUGAAAAGUGUCAUUCUUGCCUCAAUUAUCAAAGCACAAAGUAUCAGGGGAAACAAAGAAGGUGCUUAUUAUCUUGAUUUCUAUAGAGAGAUUGAAACCUAAGACCUGCCCGCUUAAUACAUUGACAUUGAAAUUCACAUUGAUGCUCACCUUAUUGAUCUAAUUAAGAAUGAUGAAAUCUUUUUCUCAGAGGAUGUCACCUAAUUCUCUGCAAAGAAGCUUGAAGGGUACAGAAGAUGGUCAGACUUAAUGAGAUCAACUUUUAAGGGGUACAUGCUAAAUGAUAUCAAUGUUUUCUAAAGGAAGUCUGCUCCUACCUUAAAUUAUAAGACUAUCCUUGAUAUCUUUUUAACAAAAAAGAAUCAAAUCAAUUCAUAUGAAAUCAAAGCUUUCGAAGAUUACAUCAAUAAAAAUGGAUGUGGAUUCUUAGAUGAACUUUGCAAAGUUCCAAAAGUAAUCUACUCAUCUUUUAUGAGAUCAGGAAGUACAUUCUUCAGAAAGUAUUUGGAGUGCAUCACUGGGGUUGCAACUGGAACACCAUAUUCUAAUCAAAUCAUAGUCGAUUUUGCCUUAGCAGCUCUUGGCUUUAAGGGAGAGGGUCAUCACAAAGAUGAAAAGACUUGGUUUGUGAAAUCUCAUUUUCCUGUGUAAUUUAGAACUCCUAGUUCUAUUAACGUAAAUAAAGCUAUUGUAUGUGUUAGAAAUCCUCUAGAUAUCAUUGUUUCAUAGCUUAAUCUCCAUUUGACUCUCACUCACAAUAAGAACAUUGAGAAUGACUUUCUUACUGAAUUAAAGAACGAAUGGGAUUGGUUUAUUCAUUCAGACAUUAAGACAUGGUUUGAGUUCAAUGACUACUGGAUGAAGAUGGCUUAAGCUGGUGCUAAUUACUACAAAUCAGACAAGGAUAAUAAGGAGAUCUAGGAUAUCAUUCCAGUCUACUUUUUCAGAUUUGAAGAUCUCAUCACAAAUCCUUAUUAGAUUACUAAAGAGGUAUUCUAAUUUGUCCUUGGUGUGAAUGAUAUAGAUGGUACCUAUCUUGAUCAUAGACUUAGGCAAGUAAUCGGACAAGGCUCUUCUUCUAAUGUGCUUUACAAACCAAGAUCUGGCACAAUCAAUCAAAAUCUUCAUCUCUAUAAUGAUUCUCAACUUGCUUAUAUCAAGAAUUUGUGCAAAGAGUAACUUAUCUAUUUUGGCUAUGAGAAUCUCUCAAUAGAUGAAAAAUCAGCAGUAAAACACUAUAAUUUAAACACUGAAUUCUUCGAUUUUGGCAAGCUAACCGAGGAUGAUUUGAAAAAAUCUCACUCUUUUCUUAAUUCCAACAAAACUUAACAAGAAUGGUGUAUUAAACACAAAGAAGCACUAUCAAAGCAUGAGUUUGAAAUUGAGAAGCCAGGAUAAGGAUUCUAUUCCAAAUUAAUGGAUGAGGAAACUUCCUAGGUGUUCAACUCAAUCAGAAAGAAUCUCAGAAUUGCUAGGAAAUGA